AUGGCAGCGGCCGACUCAUCAACCGACGACAGUCUUUAUCCAAUAGCCGUUUUAAUUGACGAACUGAAGAAUGAGGAUGUACAGUUGCGUUUAAAUUCAAUAAAAAAACUUUCAACAAUAGCAUUGGCACUUGGAGCUGAAAGAACUCGUAGUGAGUUAAUGCCAUUUCUUACUGAAACUAUUUACGAUGAAGAUGAAGUAUUACUAGCACUUGCUGAGCAACUUGGAUCAUUCACACCACUUGUUGGUGGUCCUGAUUAUGUUCAUUCGGUAGAAGAGACAGUAGUGCGUGACAAAGCUGUGGAAUCACUCCGAAACAUUGCAAGCCAGCACAGCCCGACGUACUUGGAAGACCAUUUCGUACCAUUGGUCCAGCGUCUCGCUUCUGGAGACUGGUUUACGUCUAGAACUUCAGCUUGUGGGUUGAUAAGUGUGUGUUACCCACGUGUGAGUCCAGCGACGAAAGCAGAGCUGAGGAAUCAUUUCCGCAACUUGUGUCAAGAUGACACUCCGAUGGUACGUCGUUCAGCGGCUUCCAAGCUUGGGGAGUUCGCUAAAGUCGUCGAGAUUGAGUAUCUGAAGGCCGAUUUGAUUCCAAUGUUUGUUGUCUUGGCACAAGAUGAGCAGGAUUCAGUACGCUUGCUAGCUGUUGACGCAUGUGUUAGCAUUGCUUCUCUCCUUCAACAGGAAGACGUCGAGCAGUUGGUAAUGCCAACACUACGUCAAUGUGCCGGUGAUCAGUCGUGGCGAGUUCGUUACAUGGUUGCUGAUAAAUUUACUGAUCUCCAGAAAGCAGUAGGCCCAGAAAUAACAAAAUCUGAUCUAGUUCCAGCAUUCCAAGUUCUUUUAAAAGACACAGAAGCUGAAGUUAGAGCAGCAGCUGCUGAAAAAGUCAGAGAAUUUUGUCAAAAUCUUGAUCAGUUCAACCAAGAAAAUAUUAUUAUGACAAAUAUAUUACCUUUUAUAAAAGAACUCGUAGCUGACCUUAAUCAACAUGUUAAAUCUGCGUUAGCUGGUGUUAUUAUGGGACUUAGUCCUAUUUUAGGCAAACAUAAUACUAUUGAACAUUUGCUACCACUUUUCUUGAUGCAACUUAAAGACGAAUGCCCAGAAGUACGUCUUAAUAUUAUCAGUAACCUAGACUGUGUAAAUGAAGUGAUUGGUAUCCAACAACUGUCUCAGUCACUUUUACCAGCGAUAGUCGAACUCGCUGAGGACAGCAAAUGGCGAGUACGUCUCGCGAUAAUCGAGUACAUGCCGCUGCUAGCUGGACAAUUGGGCGUCGAAUUCUUUGAUGAAAAACUAAACUCUCUGUCAAUGAACUGGCUUGUUGAUCACGUCUACGCAAUCAGAGAAGCUGCUACGCUUAAUUUAAAGAAGCUGGUUGAGAAAUUUGGUCCCGAGUGGGCUUCUAAUACUAUUAUUCCAAAAGUUUUAAACAUGUCACGUGACCAAAAUUAUUUACACCGUAUGACGUGCUUAUUCUGUAUCAAUGUAUUGGCUGAAGUAUGUGGUCCAGAUAUAACAACAAAAGUAAUGCUCCCAACAGUUGUUGCAAUGGCUAAUGACAAUGUAGCAAAUGUAAGAUUUAACGUAGCAAAAACAUUACAACGUAUCGGGCCUUAUCUAGAACCAAGUGCAGUACAGACGCAAGUCAAACCAGUACUUGAUAAACUUAAUACAGAUUCAGAUGUUGACGUUAAAUAUUUCGCUUCCGAAGCUAUUGCAGGAAUCGCAGCGUAG